GACAGGUUUGACAGCUGACUUGUGUUUUGAUAAAAUUUACGUCGUAAACACCCCAAAAAUCCCCAAAAUUUGCCCAGAUCGCUUUGAUUCUCGUGCUCCUGUUAACUUCCUCGGGACUCCAGAGAGAUUCCCGAAGUAGCUGUGGCAAGUGGGAGUGGAUGCUUUGACCACAAGUAGACAAUAAGCAGUGUGUCUUUGUUUCGCUGGGAAUCACCAGGAAGUUAGACGGACAGCCAUGCCGAUCCUGUACAGUGUAAUAGCACGCGGGAGUACUGUGCUGGCAAAGUAUGCAGAGUGUGUUGGGAACUUUGCCGAAGUCACGGAGCAGAUUUUCACGAAAAUCCCUCCGGAGAACAACAAGCUGACCUACUCACACGGAGCCUACCUCAUUCACUACAUCUGCGAGGAUAGGAUCACCUACAUGUGCAUCACAGAUGGGGAUUUUGAGCGCAGCAGGGCGUUCAUGUUUCUGGGGGAGAUCAAGAAGAGAUUCAUCUCAACGUACGGACUCACAGCUGCCACGGCAAUUGCAUACGCCAUGAAUACGGAAUUCUCACAUAUCCUGGCCACGGAGAUGCGGAAGUUCAGCGAUGCCGUUGAGUAUGAUUCCCUAUCGCGUGUCCAUGGGCAAAUUGAUGAGCUGAAGGACAUCAUGGUGAAGAAUAUUGAGAAUGUAACAGCCCGCGGGGAGCGCCUUGAACUACUCGUCAACAAGACGGAGAAUCUGCGGAAUACUUCCGUCAGCUUCAGACACACAUCCCGGAAUCUCGCGCGUGAGAUGUUCUGGAAGAAUAUUCGUAUGUACGUGAUCUUGGGGGCCAUCAUUGGCUUUAUCAUCUAUGUGAUCGUGAGUAUGGCUUGCGGUGGGCUCGCCUGGCAAUCCUGCAUCCGGAAGCAGUAAAUUCCACAACCCUUAGAAGGCUUUCUCCUAGGAAUCCCCCCCCAAAACCUAGGCUUAAGUAUUACAGUCCCCUUGUCCACUUCAUUCUAUGUCAAUCUUAUCUUUUACAAAUGUUUUUUUUUUAUCAAAAUCUUUUUAUAUCAAUAUUGUUUGUUUGUGUGUUAAAAUUCCUGGAAAUCCUCCCUCUCACUCUGCACACCUUUUUUAUUAUUUUUUAUUCUUCAAUCGGCGGUGCGUAUAAAUCGAAAAAAAUUAAAAGAAAAUAUAAUUAUAUGUUAUUUAGAUGCAAAAUGUAUAAGUCAAUAAAAUAAUCAUAAUUUUAAUAAAA